GUUCACAGAAUCUGGAGUGGUAAUGGUGGUUCUUAUCAGAGUUGGGUCAAAAAAGAAUGCAUGGGUGUUCUUGCAGCCUUUGACCUGGGAUCUUUGGGUCACCAGUGGUUGCUUCUUCAUCUCCAUUGGGUUUAUCGUCUGGGUUCUUGAGCAUAGAAUCAAUGAGAAUUUUCGUGGACAACCUUUGCAUUAUAUUGGAACUAGCUUUUGGUUCUCCUUCUCGACCUUGGUUUUUGCGCACCGUAAUGGUCCUUUAACUUAUUUAAUCUCUUUGGAGGUUGUGGAAUGGAGCUACUCAAGCUCAAAUUUGAGGGAAAGGGUGGUGAGUAAUUGGACGAGGUUUGUGGUGUUGAUAUGGUGCUUUGUGGUUCUCAUUCUCUCAAAGAGAUACAAUGCUGAUUCAGCUUCUCUUAAAACAGUCCAACAGCUGCAGCCUACGGUCACUGACGUGAAUGAGCUGUUAAGGAAAAGGGAGAAUGUUGGGUACCAAGAUGGUUCCUUCGUCCAGGGAAUACUCCAGGGGUUGAAAUUCGAUCAAUCCAAGAUGAAGAUAUUUAAAACAUCGGAAGAUCUCAAUGAACUCUUUACCAAGGGAAGUGCCAAUGGUGGAACUGCAACUGCUUUUGACGAAAUUCCAUACGUGAAGCUAUUUCUUGAAAAAUAUUGCAACAAAUACACCAGUGUGGCCAGCGCGGAACCAACUUUUAGGACAGAUGGUUUUGGAUUUGUCUUCCCAAAAGGUUCCCCUCUUGUAUCAGAUGUGUCGAAGGCAAUAUUUAAAAGUCACAGAAGUUUGAGUCUGGGAAGCUUUUGGGGCCUCUUCCUUAUUACCGGAGUUUCCGGAGUAUUAGCUUUUAUCAUCUUCAUAGCGGAGUUUCUAUAUCAGCAAAGGAAUGUCUUGUGCGUCGUUAGAAAUUCGGUCUUCAAAAGAAUCCUUCAAGUGUUGAGAAACUUUGACAGGAAAGACCUGCCUUCUCAUACCUUUAAACAGAGUGAACUAAAAGAAAGAAGUAUUGAUGGUAUUCAAAUUAUAGGUGAUGUUGAAGUCUCUGUUGAAGCCUCACCAAACACCAACUGCUCGCUAAGUUCAUCAAACUAGACAGGUUUAGGCUUGACUGUAUUUGGUGGGCGGAGAAGUCCUUCCACUGAUAAUGAUAUAAGCAGCACAACAUCACCAAAAAUAGAAUUCAGCUUGCAAACCAAAUAACUAAUGAAAAUAAAGUUGACAU